UAAACGGAAGUGAGAGUUAGUUUUUUUUAGAUUGAUUUGGUCACCGGAGUCUGUUUGCAUGUCUGCUAUGUGUGUCAGAUGUGUCUGUGAACAUAAUUAGACCAUGAGCAACAGUCAUCCUCUGAGGCCUCUGGCCUCCGUUUCGGAGAUCGACCACAUCCACCUGCUGUCUGAGCAGCUCGGAGCGCUCGUGCUGGGAGAGGAGUACAGCGACGUCACCUUCAUAGUGGAGGGGAAGAGGUUCCCUGCGCACCGGGUCAUCCUGGCUGCUCGAUGCCACUACUUCAGGGCCCUGCUGUACGGUGGGAUGAAAGAGUCCCAGCCCCAGGCUGAGGUCCGUUUGGAGGAGACCCGGGCUGAAGCGUUCUCCAUGCUGCUAAACUACCUGUAUACGGGCCGGGCCAGCCUCAGUUCAGCCCGGGAAGAGGUGCUGCUGGACUUCCUGGGUUUGGCUCAUCGCUACGGCCUCCAGCCUCUGGAGGACUCUACCUGCGAGUUCCUCCGCACCAUCCUGCACAUCAACAACAUUUGCCUGGUGUUCGACGUGGCGAGCCUCUACUCUCUGAGCGCGCUCAAUGAGGCCUGCUGCGCCUACAUGGACAGACAUGCUCCUGAGGUUCUGAACUCAGAGGGCUUCCUGUCGCUCUCUAAGGCGGCUCUGCUGACUGUGGUCAGGCGGGACUCGUUUGCUGCCAGCGAGAAGGAAAUCUUCCAGGCCUUGUCUCGCUGGUGCCAGCAGCACGAGGACGGGGCCGACACACAGGAAGUGAUGUCAGCAGUGCGCCUGCCGCUCAUGACUCUGACAGAGAUGCUGAAUGUGGUGCGGCCCUCUGGCCUGGUGAGCCCCGACGACCUGCUGGACGCCAUAAAGACCCGCUCCGAGAGCCGCAACAUGGACCUCAACUAUCGAGGGAUGCUCAUCCCAGAGGAGAACAUCGCCACCAUGAAGCACGGAGCUCAGGUCGUUAAAGGAGAGCUGAAGUCUGCGCUGCUGGAUGGAGACACCCAGAACUACGACCUGGACCACGGCUUCUCCCGGCACCCCAUCGAAGAGGACGGCCGCUCCGGGCUCCAGGUCAAACUGGGGCAGCCGUCCAUCAUCAACCACAUCCGGCUGCUGCUGUGGGACAGAGACAGCCGCUCCUACUCCUACUACAUCGAGGUGUCCAUGGAUGAGCUGGACUGGAUCCGCGUUAUCGACCACUCCAAGUACCUCUGCAGGUCCUGGCAGAACCUUUACUUCACACCACGAGUUUGCAGAUACGUUCGUAUUGUUGGAACACACAACACAGUGAACAAGGUGUUCCACCUGGUGGCUUUUGAAUGCAUGUUCACCAACCGCUCCUUCACUCUGGAGAACGGACUUAUUGUUCCCAAUGAGAACGUGGCCACCAUAGCAGCCUGUGCCAGUGUGAUAGAGGGGGUGAGCCGAAGCAGAAACGCUUUGCUGAACGGCGACACCCGGAACUACGACUGGGACUCGGGCUACACCUGUCACCAGCUGGGCUCAGGAGCCAUCGUCAUCCAGCUGGCUCAGCCCUACUCCAUCGGGUCACUGAGGCUGCUUCUCUGGGACUGUGAUGAGCGCUCCUACAGUUACUAUAUUGAAGUUUCCACCAAUCAGCAGCAGUGGACCAAGGUGGUGGAUCGGACCAGGGUCGCAUGUCGAUCGUGGCAGACCUUAAAGUUUGACCAUCAGCCUGCUUCCUUCAUCCGUAUUGUUGGGACCCAUAACACAGCGAAUGAGGUUUUCCACUGCGUCCACUUCGAGUGUCCCGCCCAGCUGGACACGGAGGUCGCCGAAGGCAGCCCGGGCGUGGAUUCGUCCGAUUCCGGGACCGCCGCGCCGCAGCAGCGACCCCAGCGACCUUCACGCACACACAGCCUGCUGCCCACCCAACCUUCCUCCUCAUCCGCAUCCUCCUCCUCCUCACAGUCUCACCAUUAAAAGCUCUGAAACCUCCUGACGCCAUUUUGCACAGCUUUCACCACCCAGACCGCACUGUUGCGAUGCUGCUAAGGUCCAUCGUCACGUUGUCUCAGUCGAUCGUCCCUCCUCACGUGUGCAGCAGUAGAGACCUGUGUAUCCGUGGCAACGUAGUUUAUUUAUAUCUCGUCUUCCCGGGUGUUUUUGACUGAAAUAUUCAAUGUACUGAUGUGUACAUUUUAUGAAGGUACUCAGUCAGGGUUUCUCCUUCCAAAAUCUUGAAGUCCGAUUAUUAUGAUUUUUUCAUAGAUGAGGCGCACUGACAUGAUUAUACCACUAAAGCAGCAGAAGGGCAGGCGAUGUGAAUUUGAUAAAUUCAUACGAACACCUUUGAAGAACAAAAGGAUUAAAUCCUUUAUCAAGCUAUUUUUUAGGAAGUUAUCUUUGAGAAGCAAAAAGCAGAUCCAACUGACUUUUCAUAACAUAGUUACAUAGUUAGAGUCAUAUAUUUUUCAAAGUCUGUUCUUAAAGAAAAAAACCCUCCAUAGAUGGAAGUAAAAGCAUCCUGUCUGUUUUUCGGGUGCAAAUAAAACUCCCAACUAAAUCCUGUUUUACAUUUGCAUAUUAAAAGAUUUGAAUAUCAGACUUUCAUACCCUAAAUCGAGGCAUAUGCUCUGACCUGGUGCCAAUUUUUGAUAAGAUUUCACACCAUAGUAAAUAUUUUAAGCAUCUUAAUUGCUUAUUAAAAUAGCAGGGGGGGAUUUUUUUUUAUGAAGAACAUCAGGGCUCAGAAGCUCGGACCAAAUUAAUGUAUGCACUAGAGCUGCCUGAUCUGAAGUUUAUACAUGUUAGAAACACGAGCAGCUGCUGUUGGCACUUUAAACCUGAAAAAAAAAAAAAGUUAGAUUGGGUUUUCUGACUUUCUUACAGCUCUAGAGUGCUGAUUGGUUCUUUCUAUUUGUAUGUACAAUUGAUUUCAUCUUUUGGCCUCUGGGGGAUGUAGUAAGAUUUAUUUCCUGUUAGAGUUUUUAUUUAAUAAGCUGUUAGAUCUGUUUUUUUUGUGUGCAUUUAGAUUUAGCACUUUUUAAUUUAAUGGAAGGGUUGGAACCUUUGUUCAGUGUUUCAUGAGGUUGAUUAGGGUAAUUAGCUGAAUAGUUUUUUCUUUAGGCGUCCCAUCUGCUGUGUAGAAGAUAAUGGAUUAGUCGGUUCAAGUCUUCCUCAGUAACAGAAUAGGGCUUUGUUUAUAAAGUAGAGAUGAUAGCCCGCAACUUUAGGAAUAUUUUGCUUUGUAAAUCGAAUGCUUCUGAUCAGUGAUGCUGAUUGUUUGUGCACUCAUUGUUCUACAAACUACUUCUCUGUGGGAUUUUUCAGAGAACAACUGACGAUGCUGAUUAACUUUUUUUUUGUUUAUUUUGUGAAGGUUCACAGCAAUCUGUUUGUGUGAAAUGCUGCUGUUGACCGUAGGUGAUGUCUUUCACACAAGCGAUCCGGUGACCUGGAUCUCCUGAGUCCUCCAAGCUUCUGUUACAGAACGAGCUGUGCUGAUCGAUCAGUCACUAUGUGUUCACCAUGCUUUAGGCACUAACGCUCUGUUAGCUCAUUAGAUGACGUUGAUGCUACCUAAUGAGAGAUUGUUGUCAUUAAACUUAUAAUCUUUGAUUAUUUGGAAACUUGAAUGGCUUUCAAUGUCUAUUUCAAUGACUAAAUACAGCUCUUAUUGACAAAACCA